UUACGAGUUUAGGUUCUCCUCAAAAGACGAUGGUUGGGUCGAUACUGAUGGUCUGGGUUCUCGUCGGGACCGGUGUAGUUCUGGGCUGUGACUGGGAUCGGUCCCUUGAUCCGGAUCAGGACCUGAGCGUCAUAAACAACUUUAUGAUCGACAUAAACCAGAUCUCGGAGGUGUCGGACCCGGAGUCCUGCCGGUCUAAGUGCUGCUCCCAGCCGGACUGCGACCUGGCCUUGGUCCGGUUCCCAGCAGACGGGAAGCCGCAAUGCAUGUUGGUCAAGUGUCUGGUCCAGGAUCAGGACCUGUGUGUCCUCGAGCCCGCAACUCAGUCCAAGGUUUAUCGCAAGAACGGCACGCGCGAGUCCGGUCGGAAGCAGUCGCGAGGCGGGGAGGGGCUGCGCGCGGUCCCGUUGAUGGUGCCCAGCAGCUACGACAGCGCGCACAGUGUUUCUCAGGGAGCUGAACAUGCAAAGAGCCCUGAGGAGAAAGAAAUGUCUGCCUCAGACUUUGCUGAGCGCUGUGAGGCGGAGCCUAAGGUGGGUCCUUGCAGAGCAGCCUUCCAGCAUUGGUACUACAACAGUGAGACCGGUACCUGUCAAUCAUUUAUCUAUGGAGGCUGCAAAGGCAACAAGAACAACUACGACAGCAAGGAAAGCUGCAUGGCAACAUGUACAGUCAGAGUUCUUCCGUCCUCCAAGAAAGUUGCUGCUGAUAAUGAUGACAUUUCGUCAGAAUACAAAGAUGGUUGCAUGGUGACCUCUGACCCCGGUCUCUGCCGGGCCGCCUUCCCCAUGUUCUACUACGACCUGAAAGCUGCCACCUGCCGCUCCUUUAUCUACGGAGGCUGUGGAGGAAACCAGAACCGCUACAACACCAUAGAGGAGUGCAUGAGGCGCUGCUCAGGGCAAGGUUCCUUUGACCAUCGCGGAAGAGUUCGUGACCGUUGGACUGCAGGUGUCUUCCUUUUUGUCACCCUAGCAACCGUCUCUGCUCUGAUGCUGGUUACGCUCGUCGUCAUAACAAUGAGACGUCACCGUCUGACUCGACAACCAUCUUCCGUCAGUGAUAAGGAGGAGCUGCUCCCAGAAGCAGAUGAUCAGUCCUCUCUGGAGUCUCCAUCCGUCCCAGAGAGCCCCAAAUAGAACCCGUUCUGAGAGGUUCUGCAUCAAUAACCUGCACAUUCCAUACUCCUGUGAUCUGACCCACACAGAACUGUUUAAUCAGCUGGUUUCCUUUUUUUAAACUUGACUUCUGUAGCUUGAAAGUUUAUUCAAUUCUAAGGUAGGAAGCAGAGAAUUAAAUAAUGAUUGAAAUUAUAUUAAACUUUCAUUUUGAAGUAACUUGAGUUGUCCUUUGAGUAAUCAUGAAUUACUUUGUACUCUGUUCUAAAUCAGUAUAAUGAACUUAUGACUGUGAUUCUGGUGACUUUUUAUAUUUUAUGGGUUAAUCAAAUAAAUAAGUAAUCAAGAAUUUGUUUUUAAUUAGUUAAAUUAGUCAAAAAUGUUGCUGGUGUAAGCCGUGACAUUACUGAAGACUGCAUGUCCCAUGAUGCAACAUGGUGGUAACUCAUCAGCUGACCCUGAAGCUCACGCAGGUCUUUCUUUUUUUUCAUGGAAAAUUAAUUCAUUGAUUAUUACAGAUGACUUUAAUGUGUUAAACGUUGGGACUCCUGGUACAUGCAAAUAUCAGUUUCAUAUCAAUGCUGAAUCGAAUUAAUAAUGUUCAGUCGACAUCAUCAGUGAAUAGUUCAUUAUUAAAUUGGAUCUUUGAUAUGGCAGUAAUAAAUCAUAAUUCUGGAAUCAAUUGACUAAUUUUAUUCAUAAAUCAGUUUGAUGACCAAGUGAAUAUUGUUGUUGGUUUUUUUUAUAACGUUUAUUUUUUACCUCCUAAAAACAAUCCAGACAAUCCAUUUGUUGUCAUUUAUCAAUGAUUCUGAGAGAUGUAAUGUUUAAUCUUUCUGCCAUUAUGUAUUUGAGCUAAAGGUCUCAACUCUGUACUCUAUCUCAAUAAAACUUUACUACUUUA